AUGGGUCCGCGACCCGCCGACCUCAACGUGGGCCAGGACCGCCCGGAUGCCUUUGAGCCGCCCAGGAUGUUUGCACACAGAGACCUACCGUCGCCGCGGGCGGGCGAGAUUCCGCCAGCGUUGUCACCUCUCGAUGCCUUCGCGAUGCAGUCGCGGGCGCUGCAGAGGAAGUUCAAGGAGCAGCAGGAGAAUGGUAGGAGGAUGAGCAGGCUGCCGCCCAUGAUGGUGCAGAAGGAGAUCUCGAACAGGCCAGGCUAUUUCCGAAGCAUGAGCGGGGAGAGCAAGAUGACAGAUUUGAUGGAGGGAGACGAGGAGUCGAUGCCAGUGUCGUCGCACGGCAAGGUGCCAGAAACACGUCCUACAGACCAGAGACCGACGAACGAGAGGCCGGUGAGCUAUUAUCCCAGAUUCAGCACUGCGACAGAGCCCGAGGAAGAGGAGCCACCAGUGCCGACUCCAUUCUUCGAUGCGCCUGGGCGACGCGCACAGACACCGCAACAAGCAGCAAAAGCAGCUGCAGACUACUUUGGCAUCUCAGCGCCAAGAGCAUCUUCGCCAGAACCCGUGGACUCGACCUUCGUCAAUGUGCAGGCGCCGUCUCCAAACGACUACCCCAGUUUGACAAACAGCAUCGAUACCAUUUCCUCGCAUCCACGGACCAUGACUAUCGACUCGCAACGAUCGAAUCGCUCCAACACUCAAACAUCAGAACGUGGUCUUGCCGUACCUCAAUCGCCGCGGUGGCCCAGAUCGCCGCGCAGCUUUCAGAGCAUUCGUUCUGUGCCGCCCGACAGCGGCGAUGAGGACGGCGCUUCGACAACAGGCUCUCAUGCCGUGUCUUCGUCGCGAAAAUUCUCCGGCAGCAGUGGCGUAUCACGACCACAGUCUCCAUUUUCACCAUGGAUGCAACCCGUACACAGAUCACCUUCUAUGACUUCGGAAUAUUCCAUGAACGGCACGCAAACUCCGCAGCGACCAGUACAAAAUUUCUCGAAUUUCUCGCGGCCCAUGAGUAGCUCUGGCAGCCGGCCCUCUUUUGACGCCAGACCUUCUCUGGAUGGUCGCCCGUCGCUCGACAAACGACCAAAUCUACCACUAAGGCAGGCGUCUGGUGCCAGCAAUAGUACAGAGCAUUCAUCAAAGUCGCCACUAUCACGACAAGCGUCUGCUGACGACUACGAUGGGAACAAGGAUGGCGAGUUCUCUGACAUCCAUACGCCCGCAUUGCUCGAGCAUUCACCCUCCUCCUUCGCGUUCCCAAUUGACAAAUCCGGUGAUGACUCGGGCUCGCACAUCUAUGCCAAGUAUGCUCUUCCACGUGGAAGGCAUAUCGAUCGCGACUCGAAGGCAUUUCGAGAUUCAUGGAUUCAGAAGCAGUUCAAGUGGGACAUGGAACAUGGUGCAUCCAGGCCGGUGCAGCACGAGAGGACUCAUUCCGACAGUCCGGCAUUGGAGCAAGCGCGUGAGCAGGCACGCGAGAGAGUCGCCAAAGCUCAAGCGGAUCCUCGAGCUGAAACUCCUGAUGUUUCUCGUCCCGGUCGAACUGUGGCAGCGGCGCCCAGUGAGAUUAGAAGUCAAUCUGUGGAUCCUCGCGCGCUGGAGAAAGCGAGACAAGAAGCCAUACAUCGAUCUUCGCCGUCUGUGAAGACGACCAGUACAGAUCGCACCAUCAAGGCGACCCCACUGCACAAGAAGUCCCCGUCAGCUGACUUGACACCGGAGGAACACCUCGAGAUCGGGAUUGCAUGCCAUGAGUCUGGAGAGACAAACAAGUCGACAUACCAUCUACGCCUCGCCGCCCUAGCUGGCCAACCGACUGGCAUGCUACUGUACGCCAUGGCGUGCAGACACGGCUGGGGAAUGCGAGAGAAUCCCGAAGAGGGUGUCAGAUGGCUGCGCAAGGCUGUCGACAUUACAGGCCUCGAUGUCGCUGAUGCUGAAGAGGGCAUGAAGUCUCUGGAUCUCGCUGAGCGCAAAAAGCGUAAGGCUCAGUUUGCCCUUGCAAUCUAUGAGCUUGGCACCAGUGCUAGACACGGCUGGGGUUGUCCCAAAGACAAAGCGCUGGCUGUUCGCUGCUUCGAGAUUGCAGGUAGCUGGGGUGACGCAGAUGCUUUGGCAGAGGCAGGCUACUGCUACACUGAGGGCGUCGGUGUCAAGAAAGACUACAAGAAGGCGGCUUCGUUCUACAGACAAGCCGAGAAGAAGGGGUAUUCUAUGGCUGGUAACAGCUGGAUCUACAAAGAGAAAUACCAAGAUGACACCGAAACACAACCCAAAAUGCCAGACACACCCAAGAAGCGACCCGGCACCUCGCACUCCUCGAAGACAGAGAAACCCGAGGAACGCGAAUCUCGUAAAGACGACAAACCCGCUGGUCGACAACGAUCCAGGAGUAUAUGGGGCAGAUCCAAGAAGGAGAAGCCACCUUCCCUGCCCAUCUGA